AUAUUCUCUCUCUAAAUCUCUGUUGAUCGCGCUCUCUCUCUUCCUCCACCCCCCCUCCCAAAAAAAAAAACCAGUGAUCGUAAAAGUGCGCAAGCAGGCAAAGGGCGAAACUCUAUUUCUCUCUGUACUCUGAUCCAGGCAUUUCACAUGGAUGCUACAAACAACUCCGAAGAUAUAUAUGAAACACCAUAUGCAGAAAUUGAUUCCUUCUUUGACUCAGCUCCUCCUCUUAGGGAUGGUACAAACAUCAGAAGUAAAUUGAAGGAUUUUAUCGAAAUGCAUUCUUCCUCAUCUGUUUCAGGAAGUGGAGGUGUUAAUAGGGUCGUUUGUGUGACAUCUGGUGGUACAACAGUUCCUUUGGAGCGACGAUGUGUUCGAUACAUUGACAAUUUUAGCUCAGGUUAUAGAGGAGCGGCAUCCACGGAAUAUUUUUUGAAAGCGGGAUAUUCUGUCAUCUUUCUAUACCGCAGGGGAACCUGCCAGCCAUUUUGUAGAUCUCUCCCAGAUGAUCCAUUACUUGAAUGUUUUGAGUUUACUGACGAAUCAAAUAUUCAAGUGCACCAGUCACAUUUUGAAGCAGUGAAGAGGGCCCUAACUGGACAUGAUGCAGCAGUAGCAGGAGGCUUCUUAUUGAAACUUCCUUUUACAACAAUUUUCGAGUAUCUUCAGAUUUUACAAUUGAUUGCAAUAUCAAUGAGGAGUCUUGGUCCAAGUGCCAUGUUCUACCUUGCAGCUGCAGCAUCUGACUUCUAUGUUCCAUGGAAGAGCAUGACAGAGCAUAAAAUUCAGUCUAGAUCUGGUCCUCUGGAUAUGAGACUCGUUCAAGUCCCAAAGAUGCUUUCCUUGCUGAGGAAAGAGUGGUCUCCGAUGGCUUUCUGCGUAUCCUUCAAGUUAGAGACAGAUAAAGAGAUUCUAUUAGAGAAGGCUGAUAUGGCACUAAGAAAGUACAAGAUGCAUGCAGUCGUCGCUAAUGAGCUUUUGACCCGUAAAGAGGAGGUUGUGGUUGUAACAAGCACUGGGAAUAUCACAGUCCACCGAGACAAGACUCAGCCUGACGCCGAUGUGGAGUGUCCGCUAAUCCAUCUCCUUGUGGAAAGACAUUCUGCUUAUAUCAAGGAUUCUGAUUUCUGAUUUAGGUAGGUGAUCGAAACGUCUUACUUUUCAGCUACCCCUCUCCCAAUGUAAACUUUAUUUGAAUGAACCUAAUUUAUGUCCUCUGUGGCAUCUCUUGUUUCAUCUUGUCUUGGAUGAAAAGUAUUAGGAAGACAAUCCGGUACACUUGCUUUAUUCAAGAAGAUAUGUUUACCCUGAAUGUUGUGCAAUGAUCAACUUGAGACGAAUAAAUGGCUAUUCAUGCCAAUUUUUCAGUAUUCAUCAUUUCAGUGUUUUUCUUUUUUCGUUGCCUGGGUAUUUAAA